CAUUAGAUUUUCCUUAUUACCAGAAUGUGUGCAUGGUGAACGGUGUUCCGCUUCCAUUCGGUCUCAGAAGCUGGCGGGGUGGAGGGAAUAUCUUUCGUUGACGUGGGGGAGCAGGUGACCGGUUCGAGAUUAAAUCAACUCACCGAAGAUCGUCUCCUACGAGCGACGGGGCAAGUGAUGCAAGAAGGCAUUUUAAAUCAUUGGCCUUGUCAUUUGAAUCAUUUCGUCCCCGGGCGACGGAUUUGCGUUGAUCCUUCUGCAGCCUGCGCAAGCGCGCUCGAGAGUCGAGACCAGCCAACUGCUCUAAAACAAAAUGACGAAAACAUGGCCUUGAAAUAAGUGCGAGAAAGAAACACAUUCUUCUUGAAAGGUGUGUCAAAUGCAAUUUGGGUCGCUCCUUUUUUCAGACCGCAAGGGAGUAUGUUUGGUUCGAAAGUGGGACUCCGGAUCAGCAUCGAUGCACAAUGUCAUGAGCCUGAGACAUGACCGGGAAACCAGCGAGGAAAGCGGCGAAUGAGCAACAUCUUGCUGACCUUGAUGCAUGCUUCGAGAAUGUAAUCCUGUCAAAUGAGCACAAAAAUCCAUCCACGGCUACCGAGCUGUUCUAAUGGUGGCCUCUGUUCUACUGCUGUGUGACAUAGCAGUAGAACAGAGGCCACCAUUUUACUUCAAAUCUGCACCCAGACCGGACCAUAACCAUCAGCAGCGACUCAUGCCCACCCAUGCUAUACAAAUUACGCCAAUUCCUGGCUCGAUCUUGACAAAUACUGCCCCUUAGCAUUACUUGUGCCCACCCAUAGAAAAAUAAUGUCACCCAAAACCCACCCAAAAACCAUGGGCAUGGGCAUGGGGAUGGGCACCCAAUGUUGGGCUCUGCAGGAGAAGUAUUGGUAGUUG